AUGGUUCCCAACCAGAAAGUGCUGAGAAAGUCCUCUUUCGACUGUAUUCCUGAUCACCCACUCAACUCAGAUUUGGUUACAAGAUUAAAGAAUGCACUGGAAGCUGGGGAUGAAAAGACUGUGAUGGAUUUACUCUGCAAUGAAGUUAAGCAUGUGGACGCCACCAUAGAACUGUCUAAUGAUGACUGGAUGAAGGCCCCAGCGGCACAAUUGCCGGUGUUAUUAGCAAAAAAUGAGCUGGAAUGGCAGGUGAAAAGCCAAGCUGCUUAUGGACUGUCAGGCCUGUGGUCUCUGGAAUACAAGAGGGACCUGACUAGCCCUCUCUGCAUCUCAGCCAGCCAUGGACAUACUGCAUGUCUUCGUCAUCUGCUGUUCUGGCGAGCAGACCCCAAUGCAGCCCCAGGAGGACGGUGUCCCCUACAUGAGGCCUGUGAGAGAGGGCACACCGACUGCACAGAACUGUUGUUGGAACACAAGGCCAAUCCCAAUCUGCUGAGUGAUGAUGGUCAAGCACCUUUGCACCUGUGCACCAGCCAGAACACAUUAGGGUGUGCCAAAGCGUUGGGGAGUUUUGGUGCCCUGGUGAGCCAGCCAAGUGACGAGCUCCAAGAAGCACCUCUUCAUGUAGCAGCUAAGCAUGGCCUUUAUGACCACAUCCACCUUUACUUGAGGUCUGGUGCUAUUGUGGACAAGAAAAACAGCCUGGAGGAGACAGCACUCAUUGUGGCUUGUAGAGAAGAAAAGAAAGUGGAGUGCCAAGAGGGCUACUUGGAAGUAUGCAAACUGUUGCUUGCAUAUGGUGCAGAAGUAAACACUGUGGAUGAAGAAGUAAAGACUCCACUUCAUCAAGCCUGCAGGAAUGCUCAUCACAGCUUGGUUGAGCUCUUGCUGCAGAGGAAAGCUGAUGUCAAUGCUAUAGAUUACAAUGGGGCAUAUCCAAUGUCCUGUGUCCUAUAGGCUGCAGCUUUCAAACAAGAGCAGAGGCCACACCUCACAGUACAGACCUUGCUAAACCAUGGCUCUCAAAAAUUAUGUCCCACAGCUUUUGUCAAGGUGCUGAAAUCUUGUGCUUCGGUGCCAGAGGUUAUUGAAAUACUUUACAAUUCUUACCCUCAUCUUCCCAUCUCUGAAAAGUGGGUAGAAGUUAUCCCAAAGGAAAUCUUUCAGAGGCAUCGGCCUUUCUAUGAGUCCUUCUCCAAUCAGAUGUACACAGUCCGGUGUCUGCAACAUUUGUGCCGCUAUGCCAUCAGGAGAAAAUUUGGUAGUAGGUGCCAUUUUCUCAUUCCCUCACUACCUGUUCCCAAACCACUGCAAAAUUACUUACUGUUAGAACCUGAGGGAGUCCUGCUUUGA